AUUCGGAAUGCCGUAAACUGACUGUUCAUUGACGUAACACUGACGUGAAGCCUCAGUUCACUGCAGUGUUUGUGGAAGUCUGGCGUAAUAGCUAACAUCCAGCUAGCUACCCAACUCUUCAAUUUUUUCACAAUCCUCUUUUUCAGGUGACCGUCAUCACGACACGUGUUGGUUGCUAACAAGCUAUGAAGAUGAGGAAGCGACCAAACGUUCUGCUUACAGGAACUCCCGGUGUUGGAAAGACUACUUUAGGAAAGGAGCUGGCCCAGCGGACAGGGCUGACCUAUGUCAACAUAGGAGACCUGGCACAGGAAGGACAACUUUAUGAUGGCUAUGACGAAGAGUACCAGUGCCCGAUUUUGGAUGAGGACAGGGUGGUAGAUGAGCUGGAUGAACAGAUGGUAGAAGGUGGUGCGAUUAUUGACUAUCAUGGCUGUGACCUGUUCCCUGAACGCUGGUUCCACAUUGUCUUUGUCCUCCGCACAGACAACACCCAGCUGUACACACGGCUAGAGAGCAGGGGUUACACAGGGAAGAAGCUGCAGGACAACGUGCAGUGUGAGAUCUUCCAGACCAUCUACGAAGAGGCCAUGGAGGCCUACAGCGACGAGAUCGUCCACCAGCUCACCAGCAACACUCCUGAGGACCUGGAGCGCAACUUGGAGCAGAUAGUUCAGUGGACUGAGCAGUGGAUGAAGGACCAUAACUAGAAGCUGAACUCUGCCGGCUGGCUUCACUGACAGGACUGUCAACAAACGUUGUUUGGACAAUUAAAAAUGAAUUGUAGUUAUUUUCUAAUCUGCAUUUAUUUUCAUAGAUGUUGCCCUCAUUAAGACUGGUAUAUUCAAAGUCUGAUCACUUUCUUCAGUGGCUGGGCUAAUUGUUGGACUUUAAAGAAGCGCAUGGAUGUCCAUUUAAAAAUAAAUGGGAACAAACAUGAGACUUUCUGACACAAAUUGUCUGAUUACCCAUAACAUGAUAUUUAACCAGUGCAGACUAGUGUCAAGUCAAGGCGCUUGUGUACUGCUGCAUUCGUUUCAUCAUUUUUAUAAAUAAAUGACCAAUGGGAAACAGCGUUGUCACCAUGUCCCAGUGAUGAUUACACAGUUGUCAGGGCUAGAGAUCAAUCCCCACUGAGUUUUGACAAAGGUAAAGUAACUAAUUCUAAUUAACCUUAUUUAAAGAGCAUUUCUCUAAACACUAUGAAGUACUUAACACAUAAAAUACAGAAUAAAAUGGAAUGCUGAAGAUGAGGCAGUAAGAAGUAACAAGGUAAAAAUUAACUAAUUUCAGGAAGUAGAAUGAACCAAAAUCAGAAUGCAGUAUGAUUUAAAUGAGGACAUAAACUAGUUUAUUAAAGUGAUUAAAACUUAAGUUUUGUAUUUAGCUAGUACCUGGUCAAAUACUGUCACAAUAGCUGGUGAGUGUCAGAAAUGCCAGAUUUGUAGUCUACAUUCAUCAGAUAGAUCCCAAUUUAAAAGAAAAUUGAAAUCCACAUUUUAUUUAAACAUUUGUAUUUGACAACUUUUUGCUCCUUUUUUAAUAACCACUGAACCCCCAUGCUACUCUAUUGGGAACAUGCACCAUUAAAUCACAUCAACUGAAAUAUCACCUUGUAGCGGGGCCUUGUGACAAAAUGUACAAUGUAUAUUCCUAAUGAAUAUGUGUUAAACCGAAUGACUACAAACUGAUUGUAUAAGUGCCCACUAUUUGAAUGAAUCGGUAAUACUGAAAUCUGUUGACUUAAACAUUUUUACGAAAGGGCAACUUUUGUGUUUGAGCUUUGCAUGUCAAGUAAAAACUAAACUGUACCCUUCAAGUGCACUGCUGUGCAUACAACAUACCAGAUGUGACCUGAUGACAGAUGUGGUGGUAGGCUAUACCAAAUAAAGUCUGUGGAUCCUGGA